GGUCAGUACAAACGUGCACACCGGACAACCGAGGAACGUGGGAUUAACUCUCCUCUGCACAGCUAAUUGAGCCAUGGCGAUGUUUGGAAAGGUUUUGGAGCCAGUAGGCUACAUGCAAACUGUCAGGGUCCAGGUCCAGGGGAUAUGUUCCUAUCUGGGCGGCAGUGCCACAGCAGAGGAGACUGAGGUGGCCAAGAAGAACCUGGAUCACAUCGAUCAGGAGCUGGGAGCAUCGGGUCACGGUCUCCUGGACGACCAGGAGGUCCACCGGCUGGAGGACGACCUGGCAGUGGUCUACUACCAGUUGGGUACAGCGGUGAGGGCCCAGUCAGACUUCACCAAGAAGGAGACGGAAGUGUUCCUGCAGUACGUGCAGGACUACCGGCUGGAGAGGCAGCUGACAGCACUCUACAACCGCCUGAUGGGAGUGUCGGCGCUGACCGACCAGCCCACAUUGCUGGAGGAGCUCAUACUGAGCCGCAAGCCCAAACGCUGGGAGCUGAGGGAGUUCUGCAUCAAGGUAAACUUUGUCCUUGGCACCGGUCUGCUGUGCCUCUUCACGCAGGCUUCUCUGACAGGCAGAGACCAGGCUCUGCUGAUGAAGACCUGGUCCGACCGCAUGGGCGCCCUCUACAGGAAGAUGAAGAACUCAGGAGGCCGUUGCUUAGGCUACUUUCUGGAGCAGGCGGAGGAGGAUGUACGACAGCAGCUCCAGGAAGCCGUGCAGAACCGUGCACCCCCUGAGGAGGCGGCAGCGGGCAUCCUGAAGACCCUGGAGAAGAACUACGAUUGGCUGCGCUGGGCAGUGAUGCUUCACCCUGCCGUAGGACCCAUGGAGGAUGAGAAGGAUGAGGAGAUGCAGGAGGAAAAGGGAGACGUUCCGGCAGAACAGCAGCCCAACAAUUUCCUUUCUGUGGUGUCUGAAGCACCAAUUCCCCAUGUGGUGGCGUGCUACCGUGACACACCCACUUCGCUGGACAAGAGCCGCAUCCACCAGCUCAUCGUGGACCUGGAGUGGAAGAUCCCCAACCCACCACCUGAGGUAUAUGCUUCCAUUGAAGAAGACCCAGGCAGAGCGCGGCGUUAUCUGGCCUCACGCAUGCUGAAGAAGCUACAAGAGGGGCUGGGAUCUGGUGUGGCUGUCCACGUGGUGCCGGGGAGGAUGGAGAUGAAGUGCAACUUCCCUCCAGCCUCCUACUACCUCUACGAGUACAAACACCGGUUGGCCUCGGGCACCGUGUGCGUGUUUGGAUGA